AUGUACCAUCACACAAACAUGAGGUCUGUGGUCUUCCUUCUGCUUCUGGGAGCUGUGUUCGCGACAGAGGAUGAUAAAAUCGUUGGAGGGCGUGAGUGUGUGCCUCAUUCCCAGCCCCAUCAGGUGUCUCUGAACUCUGGGUACCACUUCUGCGGUGGCUCCCUGGUCAACGAGUACUGGGUGGUUUCUGCUGCUCACUGCUACAAGUCGAGGAUGGACAUUGUUCUUGGAGAUCACAAUCGUUGGUUCAUGGACGGCAAUGAACAGAUUAUUUCUGCUGCCCGUGUGAUCCCUCACCCCAACUAUGAGUCCUGGACUGUGAACAAUGACAUCAUGCUGAUCAAGCUGAGCGAACCAGCCACCAUUAACCAGUAUGUGCAGCCUGUGUCUCUGCCCACCAGCUGUGCCCCCGCUGGCACCAUGUGCACCGUGUCUGGUUGGGGUGUAACCAUGAGUUCCGCUGCUGACAGUAACAGGCUGCAGUGCCUGGACAUCCCCAUCCUGUCUGAUGAGGACUGUCACAACUCCUACCCUGGCAUGAUCAGCGAGGCCAUGUUCUGCGCUGGAUACCUGGAGGGAGGCAAAGACUCCUGCCAGGGUGAUUCUGGUGGUCCUGUUGUGUGCAAUGGUGAGCUGCAGGGUGUCGUGUCCUGGGGCUUUGGAUGUGCAGAGAAGAACCACCCAGGUGUCUAUGCCAAGACCUGCAUUUUCACUGAAUGGCUGCAAAGUACAAUGGCCAUGUACUGAGAUGGGUCACACUCUACCUCUGCUACAGCUGCUGCAA